AGCCAGCAUCGACGAUCUGCUCGUGCAAGCGCCUGCCAUGGCCGAGAUUCUUGGAGCUGACGCACUGGCGAAGGAGCGUGACGAAGGAUGUCCGUUGGUGGUAGCUGGCCCGCGAGAUUUCGUUCUGGAGCGAUCGAGCCCUAGCUAUGGCGGAGGCGAGGGAGGCGAGGCGGCAGAGGAUUCUUCGCCGCGGCGCUGAUCGCUUGGCUUUCAUUACGGGAGAAUGCAAAUCUCUGGUGCCGGAUGAGGAGAAAGAGAAGGAUUUGACGAAGAAAGAGCUGGUCGAGGAUAGACCAGCCAGCUCCUUGGAUCGAAAACAAGAAAUCGAGGAAGAUCCUUUAAGCUCCCUGAACGAUCAAUCCGGUGAUCAGCAGCAGCAAGAGCAAAACAAGGAUCCUGGAAAGGAAAAUGGUGGCAAAGGUUUGGAAGAACUCGAUCUCACACGAAGACCACCUAGCCAGGAUCAUCAGCCAGCAGCAGCAAACCCAGCUCCCACGCCAAAGUCCGGAGCAACAUCGAUCUCCCCAUGGAAGGCACUCUUGUCAUCGAUCGAGUCCUCGAGGCUCGCUCGAGCAAUCCUCGCGGUGGCCAUCGCCGUGACGGUGGCAUUCCAGAGCACGGCGGCCGAGUGUGGCAGUGGCAAACUGGACGACUACAACCUCUUCGCCGCUAUCCAGCCGACGAUGCUGCUCUUCACCACCAGCAUCGCGCUCGUCGCCGCCCUGGCGCUGCUAAAAUCCAAGAACACCACCAGCACCACCAAGGAAACGCCGACGAUACUUUCUUCGCGGCUUAAGAACAGUGGUGGCGUGAGAAUCCCGGGGAUGUGGGGCGACGCCAUCGACGCUUUCCUGGCCGCCAGGAGGAUCACGGCGGCGCUCUCGGCGGACCUGGGCAUUUACGUGGUGGCGAUGGUUUGCGCGAUGGCUUGUGCCCGGCCAUGGAUUUGUCAAUAGAUUCCUGUUACGGCUAUAAUGGUAUUAUUAGAUGCUCUCUUCUCUCUCUCUUAACUUUCUCCAAGAUCUCGGGC